AUGACACCGCCGUCUGACACUGCUUUCGCGGGCGACACAGCUUCAAAGAUAAAUAGCGCUAAUGAAUAUUUGAGACAAAAUCUCCCUUCCCAUUUGAGUUUGCCGAAAAUAGCUAUAAUAUGCGGUUCUGGGUUAGGAGGACUUGCAGCCAAUAUCACAGAAAAAGUGGAAUUUGCCUAUGAGAAAAUACCAGAGUUUGUGUCUAGUACAGUUCAAGGACAUGCUGGAAAACUUGUAUUUGGUUUAUUGGGAAAGAAUCGUGUUCCUGUUGUGUGCAUGGUUGGGAGGUUUCACUUUUAUGAAGGCUAUACAUUAAAGCAAGUUACAUUACCGAUCCGGGUGUUUAAGCUGUUGGGUGUCAAAGUGCUCAUUGUAACCGGCGCGACAGGAUCACUCAACAAACAGUUUAAAGUAGGGGACAUUGCCGUUCUCUUCGAUCACUUUUCUCUACCAUGCCUAACAGGAAGCAACCCGCUAAUCGGUCCCAAUCUCGCCGAGUUUGGUGACCGUUUUAUACCAAUUUCCGACGCCUACGAUUUCACUCUUCGUCAGAUCGCAUUUACAGCAGCCGCCAAUAUGGGACUUCCCGUCGGAACGUUGAAAGAGGGCACAUACUGCUAUGUAGUUGGUCCUUCAUACGAGAGUAAGGCCGAAGCACGAUUUUUGAGAGAUCUAGGAGGAGACGUUGUUGGAAUGUCUACCGUACCUGAAGUCAUUGUAGCGAGACAUUGUGGAAUAAGAGUGUUGGGAUUGAGUUUGGUCACUAAUGCAGUGGUUAUGGAAAGAGGACGGAGUGCUGAUCCUAGUGCCAUUAAUGCCGAAGCACGUGAUGAAGCGCCUGUCAGUCAUGAGGAAGUGUUGGCCGCGGGUAGCGUUAGAGAAGCUGAUAUGCAGACGUUAGUACGUGAUAUCGUAGAUUUGAUAAGCCAUGAAUUUUGA